AUGGCAGCGGACGUUGCAUGGAAGUGGCUCUCCGCCAGGCCCAACGGCGUCUUGGCAGCUUUGACGGCGCUUCAGGUGCAUGACCCAGAUGCAGUCGCUCAAGGCAAAACGUUGACGUCGUCCGAGAUCCCAGGUGCCAUCCGCUGCGUCGUGUUGGUUAUGGAGCUGGCAUUCGUCAGUAGUAGCGCGUUUCUAUUGCUACUGAUCACCUCUGUCAUGGCGCGCGGCCUCCAACACGCGUUCCUCACUGCAUUUGAAGUCAGUUCGAUGCCGGAGGACGCUGUCGUCCAGAUCUGUGAGACUGCGACGUUCGGAUGGGGCCUUGUCACAUUCAUGAGCUGGUUCUUCCGCCUACCCAAGCGUGACCUCAUGCAAAGACUCACGAUGUUCGGUUGGAGCGGCAUGAAAACAUGCAGUAUUUCAGUGAUGUUGCACGUUGCGGCCGUCAUAAUGCUAGUAUUGCUGCAGCCGCAGACUGAAGCGCAGGUUUUCGUGUCUUGGAGAAACAUUGAGACUGUGAUGUAUCGAUCGGACGGAUCACUCGCCACUGCGGAGAUCAUACAGCAGCUACUGCUGGCACCUUUGAAGGAGGAGCUUUUUUUUCGAGGAGCAAUCCAACUGGUGGCCAUUAAUCGACUGCAGAAUGCCAAGUCGAGUGCUUUAAUCUCUGCUGUAUUGUUCGCCGCAAUCCACCUGGCUAAUGCCAGACAUCUCGGAACGCAGUACUCAGCGAGCUAUGUGGCGUUUCAAGUGCUUUGGGCGUUCCUUGUUGGGCUUUACUUGGCGCUUACACUUGCAGUUUCCGGCUCAGUUGUCAAGUGCCUCUUGUUGCAUGUGAUCAACAACGUGUUUGCCUUGGGAGUGUCAAAGACAAGUGCAGUAGAUGUUGCACAACCUUUUGUCGCCUUCUCAAUGCUCUUUGCACUUGCGAUUUAUUCCUUCGCGAUUUCAAGGCAGCUACAGCUAUUUGCUGCAGAAACAGGUAGGAAGAGGUCAUGA